AGCUCGGCUUUUCACAGCUCUGCUCGUCUCAGCUCGGUUUGGCACAGCUCAGCUCAGCUCGGCUCAGCUCGGCUCGGCUCGACUCGACCCGGCGCGGCUCCCGCAGCUCGGAGGGAGGGGGCUUCGCCGUGACCCCGGCGCUGGGAUGGCAGCGGGACAGACGGACCACGGCGGGACAGCGGGACGGUGCCCAGCCGAGGUGGUGGCUGCAGCACUCCGGCGGGGGUACUGCAGCCAAUUUGCGAGUCGCUUUGUUGCUGCUGGGGGAUUUUUUGGUGGUUGUUGUUGAUUUUAAUUAUUACUAUUUUGAAAGGGGGGCCGGUGAGGAGAGGGGGCUGGUACCGGCUAUAAAGACACAGCCCCCCCGGAGCAUCCAGCAGUUCCCCGUCACCAUGAGCGCUCCCCUGGCCUGACAGCCCCCUGCCUCCCCCGGGGCUCGCCGGCUCAUGCCACCUUCAAGCACGGCUCCGCGCCUGCGGCACCGCCGGGGUGGGAUGGUGUGAGCCCGGCUCCGCUCUCCUCCCUCCCACCGCCCCUCGGCUGGCUCUGGCAGGAGGCGAGCCCGCCAGCCGCUUGGAUGAUUUGAUUCCUUCCCUGCCCGAAACCACUCCUGCCCAGAUGCAGUGGAUAAUAUUCAUGUUGCUGUUAUUCAUCAGCUCCGUGGAAAUGCUCACGCAGAACCGAUGGAAGAAGCAAGUGAGCGCCAGCCUGCUGGAGAACUGCACGGGCUGCGUCCUGUGCUCGGAGGACAACGGCUGCAUCACCUGCCACCACCGGCUCUUCCUGCUCAUCUGGAGGGACGGCAUCCGCCAGUACGGGAUGUGCGUCCACACCUGCCCCCCCGGCUACUUCGGCGUACGGGGGCUGGAGGUCAACAGAUGCACAAAGUGCAGGUCUCCCAGCUGCGAGAGCUGCUUCAGCAGAGACUUCUGCAUGAAGUGCAAAGACAAGUUUUACUUGCACAAGGGCCAGUGUUUUCGGCAGUGCCCCCCCAGCACCGCGGCGCAGCCCGGCACCCGCGAGUGCCAAGAGACGUGCGAGCCGGGGCCCUGGAGCGAGUGGAGCGCCUGCACCCACGAGGGCCGGACCUGCGGCUGCAAGUGGGGUGUGGAGACGCGGGUUCGGGAGGUGGCGGGGGCCGCCCGGGAGGAGGGGGCCGCCUGCCCCGCGCUGCUGGAGACGAGGAAAUGCCGCAUGAGGAAGCACUGCCCGGGAGAGAAAACCGAACACAAAAAUAAAGGCAAAAAGCGACAGAAGAAGCCGAAGACAGAACCGCACGUGGGUACCUAGCGGCACCGGCACGGGAGCCGGGGCGGCACGGCGGGAGCUGGUCGGGAGCUCCCUGUGCCACUGGCCGGCGGCACGGAGAGCUCCCGACCGGCUCCCAACCGCACCACCCCGGCCGCGUCGCCCCCAUUUUUCCAUCCACAAAAAAAUUGCACAAUUUUCUCCCCCCCCCCCCUCCCCCUUUCUUUUCAGACAAUUUAUGGCCUGUAAAACAUUUCCUUUUCAGAAAAUCUAAUUUGCAGUGUCCAAAGCAAAGCCCUGGGGCUCGGGGAGGGGGUGGCUCCUUUAUUUCUCUGUUUUUCCCUCUCCCCCAGCCUGCUCCGUCCCUUCCCUUGCUCCCGCUGGGUGGGAUGGGGUUGAUCCCAGGGUUGGACCCCGUGUCUGCCUGGGUACCGUCCCCCGGGGCUGGGAGAUGCGCUGUCCCCACGGGGAUCCGGAUUGCACGGGGGUGCUGGGGUGCACAGCGUGCCACCGAGCUGCUCCAGGUGCUGCAUAGGGGCCCCCAUCCUCAGCCACCGUGACGGAGGGCGGUGGGACCCCCCCCCCCCGGGUUGGGACCCCCCUGGGGUCCAUGCGACUGCUCAUGGCAGCCCAGCCUGGCGCUCUGCAUCCCACCAGCACAACCAUGGGCUAAAUCCUGCCAGCCUUGGGCUUGCAGCCUGCCGGGGGAGGGGGCUGGAGGAGCUUCUCUCCCCAGCUGGAUGUGGGCACGGGAAUUUGGGGGGGGCCAUGGCCACGUUCGGUCCAGGAAAGGGGGUGUGCACCCCCUGACCGCAGCUGCCGGAGCGAGCCCAGGCAGGGGAUGCUGCUGCCUCCUGCAUCGCCCGGCCAGGACCCCCUGGGAGCAGCCGCCGCAGCCCCCUCCCAAAUGUCACGGCCCGGGGGUGCUGAGCCUGGCCCCGUGCCGGUGCCUCCCCCCGAGCCGGCUGCCUGCAGAAAUAAACGGUGAGGCCCGGAGCGCUGCAUCACCGUAUUGAACGUGUGUUUCACUCAAACUCCUGCCCCAGCCACAGGCAUCUCUGUAUUUGGGGGUUUCCCGGGGUCAGAGCCCCCCCCCCGUCCCCGCUCGCAGCGUGGGCAGGGGGGGAGGCCAGGUCUGGCAGUGG